GGGCCGGAGGCGCGCGCGCCUGCGAGCUGAUGUCGGGGCUGCGGGCGCUGCUGGGCUUCGGGCUGCUGGUUGCCGGCUCACGCCUGCCUCGAGUCAGAAGUCAGGCCGGCGCCUGCCGCGCGGGCCCCACGUGGUGGGGAACGCAGCGGCUGAGCGUGGGUGGGCCCCGGGACUCAGAGGCCAUGGCGAGCACCGCGGUAAAGUACCUGAGCCAGGAGGAGGCCCAGGCCGUGGACCAGGAGUUGUUCAACGAGUACCAGUUCAGCGUGGACCAACUUAUGGAGCUGGCUGGGCUGAGCUGCGCUACAGCCAUUGCCAAGGCAUAUCCCUCCUCGUCCAUGGCCAGGAACCCCCCUACUGUCCUGGUCAUCUGUGGCCCCGGCAAUAACGGAGGAGAUGGUUUGGUCUGCGCUAGACAUCUCAAACUCUUUGGUUACCAGCCAACCAUCUAUUACCCCAAAAGGCCCAACAAACCACUCUUCACUGCACUGGUGACUCAGUGCCAGAAAAUGGACAUCCCUUUCCUUGGUGAAAUGCCCCCAGAGCCCAUGAUGAUUGAUGAGCUGUACGAGUUGGUGGUGGAUGCCAUCUUUGGCUUCAGCUUCAAGGGUGAUGUUCGGGAGCCAUUCCGCAGCAUCCUGAGUGUCCUCAGUGGACUCACUGUGCCGAUUGCCAGCAUCGACAUUCCCUCAGGAUGGGAUGUGGAGAAGGGAAACUCUGGAGGGAUCCAGCCAGACUUGCUCAUCUCUCUGACAGCACCUAAAAAGUCUGCUACCCAGUUCACUGGUCGCUACCAUUACUUGGGAGGUCGUUUUGUACCACCUGCUCUGGAAAAGAAGUAUCAGCUGAACCUGCCAUCCUACCCGGACACUGAAUGCGUCUACCGCCUCCAGUGAGGCAGGUGGGUGGGAAUUCUCCUCAAUAAAGACUUAGUGCCUUUCCCAGAA